AUGAAAACUUUGAGAAACAUUCCUAUGCUUGGGGAUUAUUGGAACAAAGCAACAAAGACUAGCCAAACAGAGUGGGGUUUAGAGAUCGAUUGGACUGUUGUUAAAUUUAAAGAAUUUAUGAAUGAUUCACCAAGUGAACUAACCUUUAACAAUCCCGUCACAAAAAUGAUUGAUGUUUACCCUGUUGCAAAGAAGAAAAAGAAUUCAAAAAAAAAGAACUCGAAAAAGAAACAUUGA